UCUGAGCAGUUCCAAGUAUCAUCCACUAGGUGUCCUCUUUCCCAGGAAUGGGACCCUGACGCUACCAGAAAGGAAGAAGAAGAACUUGCGGAAGUUGAUCUUCUCCUUUAGUUCCUGACGGGAAAGUAAAAUAGAAAACCAAAAAAAACAAACAAAGAAGAAAGACAAAAACGUUUUUAGCAUUUUAAACUAACUGCGGUUCGGAUUAACGUGAGGACAAUGGGCACCAGAGAUGACGAAUACGACUAUUUAUUCAAAGUGGUCCUAAUUGGGGAUUCCGGCGUAGGAAAGAGUAACCUGCUGUCCCGCUUUACCCGCAACGAGUUCAACUUGGAGAGUAAGAGCACCAUUGGGGUGGAGUUUGCCACACGCAGCAUCCAGGUGGACGGCAAGACGGUGAAGGCACAGAUCUGGGACACUGCCGGUCAGGAGCGUUACCGCGCCAUCACGUCAGCGUACUACCGUGGGGCAGUGGGGGCUCUGCUGGUCUACGACAUUGCCAAGCAUUUAACCUAUGAGAACGUGGAGCGCUGGCUAAAGGAGCUGAGGGAUCACGCCGACAGCAACAUCGUCAUCAUGCUUGUGGGCAACAAAAGUGACCUGCGCCACCUGAGGGCAGUUCCUACAGACGAGGCGCGGGCGUUCGCUGAGAAAAACGGUUUGUCUUUUCUGGAGACAUCAGCUCUGGACUCCACCAACGUGGAGACGGCCUUCCAGACCAUUCUGACAGAGAUUUACCGCAUCGUCUCUCAGAAGCAGAUGUCGGAGCGCCAGGAGAGUGACAUGUCACCUAGCAACAAUGUGGUCAACAUCCAGGUGCCGCCCACUGAGAACAAACCAAAGAUGCAGUGCUGUCAGAACAUCUAACCUGGGCCUGGAACCGCUGCCACUCCCACUUCUUCGCCUACUUUACCUUUUCCUCCCUCUCAGCCAAGCCCCCUCCACCCACCCACCCACCCCGAGAACUGACUGCCUGGACGCACAGCUCGGCAUGAAAGGACCCGAACUUUGCGCCCCACCUGUCCCUGCCUGUCCUGCCCUUCUUCUCUCCUUCCCAGGUUGACUUACCCCCCGUAUAAAGCAAAGUGUGGGGUUCCCCCUUCCUGAGGGACAGCAGGCGUUUCAUACCUUGUUAGAGUUUAUUUGUGUAGAUGCGCUGACAUGUCACAAAAAUGUCUUAAACUCUGAAUGUGAUUCCUUUCCUUCUUCACCCGUUAAUUUCUUCAUCGUUUCUGUCUGUCUGCUCUGUAUAAAGCACAUGCCGUCCUUUCAUUUAGACCCCCCCCCCCCUAAAGUCUGUAAGACUGAUAGAAAUCUACGCCUCAUACUCUCGUCAUUACUGUAGUCCAUGUCACCGCUCUGCAUUUGGCUCAGUCUCCUGAGUCUCUGUGCUCCCUGCUUUCCACA